UAAUAAAAUCAAAUAGUCGCGUCUGAAUUUCCCGAGAGAGAGAGAGAGCGCAAUGGGAAGUGAAGAGGAGAGUGCAGUGAAGGAGCCAUUGGAUCUCAUAAGGCUCAGUCUUGACGAGAGAAUCUACGUUAAACUCCGUUCCGACAGAGAACUCCGCGGCAAACUUCAUGCUUAUGAUCAGCAUCUUAAUAUGAUUCUUGGUGAUGUUGAAGAAAUUGUGACCACAAUCGAGAUUGAUGAUGAAACUUAUGAAGAGAUAGUUCGGACGACGAGACGGACCGUCCCUUUCCUAUUUGUUCGUGGAGAUGGUGUAAUACUGGUGUCUCCUCCACUGCGGACUGUUUGAUCAGGAGAAAAGCUGUGCUGGUCACAAGUGUGUAUCCAAAUCUGCAAUCACGCUAUAUUUUGUUUAAGGUGCUGCAGUUGACUCAAUAGACUAUUACUGGGGAAAUGUUGGGGAAGGUGGUCUGUGUAACAAUCUGGUUUUCGAAGCAAAAGACUACUAAUUUUGAAAUCCUUGUGAUCAUUCUAGCAUUUGCUAUUGUACCCUGAGCUUCAUAAGUUUAUGUAAUUGAUUAGGACCUCAUGAAUCUUGAACUGCCUAUUUCUAAGGUGCAGCUGUAAAAUGAUCAAAGUGACUGUUUAUCAAAAUAGGGGUGUCAAAGACUGACAACAUGCUCUUAACUUGAA